AAUUAAUCAAAUUUGAUGAAACGAAACAGUUCGGUAAAUGAUGGUUCAAAUACAGUAUUACCCAAAACCUUUCAAUACUUCUCAAUUAUUUAUUCAUUUAAUGAUACACAAAACACGAUUCAUCAAAAUGAUUGGGGAAGGACCAACAGGAACAGCCCAAAUUUGUUCCUUCCUGUCCUGGGAGGCAAGGAGAACCCCUCCUCAUCCGACAUUGAGAAGAUCCUCAGCUCCGUCGGAAUCGAAGCCGACAGCGAGAAGCUGAACUUUGUCGUCGGGCAGCUCAAGGGGAAGUCGGUCGAUGAACUCAUUAAACAAGGCAAGGAAAAGUCGGCAUCGAUUCCGGCCGGCGGCGGUGCAGCUGUAACUGUGGCUGCAGGUGGUGCCCCAGCUGUGGCGGCCGCAGCUCCUGAGAAGAAGGAGAAGGAGAGGGCCGAGAAGGAGGAGUCUGACCAAUCAGAUAACGACAUGGGCUUCGGUCUCUUUGAGACUGAGCAUAAAAUAUUUACCACUAUUUCCUACUCUCAUACUCUAGUUCAAAACGUUAGCUAUUAGUCCGAAUUCAGUGCA